AUGACGCAGAAGAGCAAUCAGUUCAAGGGCCAACAGAAGAAGAAGAAGACUGUUGCUCUUAAUCGCCAUGGCAAAUCCGUCCAAACUCGCAAAGGGAGGAGAUAUAUGAAACCAUCGAAGACAACCCAAGAGUUAGACACCGACCGGGAGCUUACGAAGUUCAUAAACCAUUGCAAUGAAGUGAAAGCUGCCAAUGCUGCUUGUAAAGAAGGUGGUCAACUUAAUAUCCUCAAAGCUGAGUCUCAAGCCGAGCCAUCCAAGAAGAAGUCUACCAAGUAG